AAUACAAAAUUUUUCCCAUUAAUAAAAUUUUCCAAAAGAUUCUUAAAGUUCGCAGGUCCGUUAAGUUCACCAACUCACCAACAACUUCACAGCCAGAUUCUUACAAUUCUUCAAUUCGUUCAACAGGUUAUCAAUCUUUCUAGUAUUCUUGCGUCAGGAAAACCAACAUCAAAAUGCAUUCCCUUCGUCGUGCUGCUGCUCGUGCAGCAUGCUCUUCAACCAUGGUUGUCGCUAAGCCUCGCCAGCAGGUCGCGCUAUUCGCCAUGAACAUUGGUAAGAUGACUGCGCGACCGGCUGUUAUGCUACCUCUGGCUCGCAACUUCUCCCAGACCUCGCGAGCUGCUCAAGAGGAGGGUGAGAAUGGAGCCUCUCCUCCUGUGGAGUCCCAGAGUAUUCAAGAACGCCAGAGGGCCGGUUUCACCGUAUUUGUCAGCAAUGUCACAUUUGAUGCUACCGAUGUGCACAUUCAAGAAGCCUUCGGCAAGUACGGCGAGAUUAGUCUCAUCCACAUCCUACGAGACGGUCGCGGACUAAGCAGAGGUUUCGGUUUCAUCACCUACACCACGCAAGAGGCUGCGGACCGCGCGGUCCAGGAGGCCAAUCAAUCUUUCUGGCAUGGUCGACGAAUCAUUGUAGCACACAGAAAGGACAGCAACAACUCCGAGAGAGGUUCAAUGGAGCAGCGCAACCCUUCAUCAUCCCCGGGACAACCGUCAACGUCAAUCUACAUUGGCAACAUCCCCUAUGAGACUUCGGAUGCCGAUCUGAACAAGCUCUUUGAGUCUCUGGAUGGUGUUACGGAUGUUCGCGUCGCUGUCGACCGCAACACUGGCUGGCCCCGUGGAUUCGCCCACGCUGACUUUGCGGAUAUCGAGCUUGCGAAGAAGGCGUACGAGGUUCUUACCAAUGCUACCAUGGGUGGCCGACCUCUGCGCAUCGACUACGCGCAGGGUCGCCGGGACCCCACAAGAGGAGGAAGUGGUUCGCGCAACCCCAUGAUGUAAAUGGAUCUCAAAGCUGACGAUGCCUCAUGCCUCAUGCCUCGAGCCUAGGUGGCCGUGAUCAUAUGUUCAUGAAACGUUAACGAUGGGAUGGAACAUGCAAUAUAUGACCAAUAUGGCAUCUUGGGUGGAAGUCUACUCUGGAGGAUGGAAGAGACUUAGGCCAUUGCACUUGUAACAAUACUCGGAGGUCCUAGUGUAGAGAGGUUAUCUCUACUAAUACGGACUGACAAAAUUGGCACGAAUGGAUUGCCUCUUUUCUUAUUUACAUGGAAACCAAAUGUACAAUGAAUCGCUCCCCUCUAAUUGAAACCGGAUCCGUGAUUGAUAUUUAAUGUUUCUGUUUCUGGGCGCACAAGUACUUGUCCAUAUUGAAUGCUGAUAGGUUCGCAUUCAAAUGGAUGUGAAAUAUGUUGCGCCCACAUCAUUGGCAUUAGUAGACCCUACAGACUACAUUAGUAGACCCUACAGACUACAGUUGAGUAGGUAGGUCAAGUUGUACUAGACGUGCUAGUACCAGACCAGACUGCUAC